AAGAAUCUUUCUACUAAAUAUUCCAUUUCACCAACAUGUACAAAUUAAUAAUCUUCAAAGUUGAUAUAUAACCUUCUCAUUCAUGUAUAAUUAUAAACUGGCAAAGAUGAAGAGCCUCACUCCACUGAUUUCUUUGCUUUUUCUAUCAAUAAUCUUUUUCUCGGACGCAAAUUGUAAUAAUCAUGUUAAAGAAAAUUUCUUUCUUUGUAUGUCAACCCAAUUCAAAUCCUUUACCCAAAGUUUCAAAAUCAUGUACACAAAAGACUCUCCUCUAUACCAACCACUCUUAGAAUCUUCUCAACAGAACCCAAGAUGGUCAAACUCCACAGCCCUUAAGCCUCUUCUAAUUAUCACUCCUUUCCACGAGUCUGAAAUCCAAGCAGCUGUUGUGUGCAGCCAAAAAAAUGGUUUGCAAGUCAGAAUUCGUAGUGGUGGUCAUGACUAUGAAGGACUGUCCUAUCUAUCCAAAACCCCUUUCAUAAUCAUUGAUCUUAUUAACCUAAGAUCCAUUGAUGUGAAUCUUGAAGAUGAAACAGCUUGGGUUCAGUCAGGGGCAACUUUGGGGGAGCUUUACUAUGCUAUUGCCAAGGAAAGUGAAAUCCAUGGAUUCCCAGCUGGGAUAUGUCCAAGUGUAGGUCUUGGGGGGCACCUUAGUGGAGGUGGUUUAGGUACAUUGGUGAGAAAAUUUGGGUUGGCAGCUGAUAAUGUCUUGGAUGCUUAUUUAGUUGACUCAAAUGGGAAACUUCUAGAUAGAAAAAGUAUGGGAGAGGACUUAUUUUGGGCCAUUAGAGGAGGUGGGGGAGGGAGUUUUGGGAUUGUUCUUUCUUGGAAAAUCAAGUUGGUUAAAAUACCACCUAUAGUGACUGGCUUUACAGUUACCAAAACUCUCUCACAGGGUGCCACUUGGCUUGUCUAUAGGUGGCAGUCCAUUGUUGACCAAUUGCCUGAUGAUCUUUUCAUCAGAAUCAUUAUCCAAAAUGUGGGGAAUGGGGAUCAGAAAACAAUCCAAACUUCUUUCAACUCACUGUUUCUUGGAAGAAUGGAUGAACUGAUUCCUUUGAUGAAUGAGAGGUUUCCUGAGUUGGGUUUAAAGGCCCAAGAUUGUAUUGAGAUGGACUGGAUCCAAUCAGUCAUGUACUUUGCUGGGUACCAAAAAGAUCAACCAAUAGAGCUUUUACUUGAUAGGAAGACUCUUUAUAAAAGCUCUUUCAAGGGAAAAUCUGACUUUGUGAAACAACCUAUACCUGAAUCUGGAUUGAAAGGGAUUUGGGAAAGGCUUUUGGAAGAAGAUCAGUUUGUAUGCAUGAUAAUGGACCCUUUUGGGGGAAAGAUGAAUGAGAUUCCUGAUUCAGAAACUCCAUUCCCUCACAGGAAGGGAAAUAUGUACAAUAUACAGUACUUAGUGAAAUGGAAUGAGGAUGGAACUAACGUGUCAAACAAACAUGUAAGAUGGAUUAGAAUGCUCUAUAGGUAUAUGCGGCCAUACGUUUCAAACUCUCCUAGGGCUGCCUAUAUUAACUAUAGAGACCUUGAUUUGGGGACAAAUAGAUUGGGAAAGACAAGCUUUGAAGAAGCAAGUGUUUGGGGUACAAAGUACUUCAAGGGUAACUUCAAGAGACUAGUUCAAGUGAAGAACAAGGUCGAUCCUGACAACUUCUUCAGAAAUGAACAGAGUAUUCCACCUCUACUAGAUUUAAUAUGA